AUGCCCCCCUGUGCCCUCAUAACCGGCUGCAGCGCCGGGGGCAUCGGCUCAGCCCUCGUCACGGAACUCCACGCCCAGGGCUUCAAAAUCUACGCCACCGCCCGAUCCACAACAAAAAUGAACCACCUAUCCGCCCUGCCCAACGUAACCCUCAUCCCUCUCGACGUCACCAACAAAACCAGCAUCACCGGGGCAGUAAACACCAUCCACCAGGAUUUAACUUCCCACAACGACACCCUCACCCUCCUAAUCAACAACGCCGGACAAUCCCUCGUCGCCCCCGCCCUGGACACACCAAUAGAUGAAUCAAAGCGUCUAUUCGAGGUUAACUUCUGGGGCGUUAUCGCCGUUGCACAGGCUUUUAUCCCUCUUCUUUUACAUACUAAGAAUGAAGGAAGUACCAUCGUGAACGUGUGUUCUAUUUCAGGCUUCCUAUACGCACCAUGGAUGAGUACCUACAACGCCACCAAAUCAGCCCUCUACUCAUGGAGCGAAACCCUGCGACUCGAACUCCAACCAUUCAAUAUCCGGGUUAUAUCCCUAGUCACCGGGACCAUCGCCACAAACAUCAUGUCACAUACCAACAUAUCCCUCCCCGAGAACUCACUCUACCAGAAAGCCCUUCCUGAGAUCCAGACCCGGGGGGUUGGAAAAGACAUACGGAACAAGACCCCGCCGGGGGAAUUUGCUCGGGAGGUUGUUAGGGAUAUUUUGCGGGGGGCGACGGGGCCGGUAUGGCGGGGGUCGAUGGCGUGGGUUGUUAGGGUUAUGGGUGGGAUUGUGCCUGUGGGGGUUUUGGACUGGGUAUUGAAGAAAGGGACUGGGUUGGAUCGGUUGCCUUGA